AUGUCGUCGUCCGAUGGCGGCCAGUCGCGCAAGCGGCUCGUCGUCGGCGUCAUCUCGGCGUGCAUUCUCAUCGCCAUGGUCGUCGGGACGGUGGCCUUCUUCCUGACGGAGAAGGCCGAGGACGACGACCGGCUGAGCAAGCGCAACCUGAGCAAGACGACGCGCACCGUGGAGCUCUUCUGCGCGCCGGCCGACUACCAGGGCACGUGCCGCGACACCCUGGAGCGCGCGCUGUCGCAGUCGGCGGACCCCGCCGUGUACCCGCACGCCGCCGCCGCCGCUGCGGUCACCGCCGUCGACCGCGCGCUGGAGGAGGGGUUCAACCGGUCGUCGGUGCUGGACGCGGUGCGGCAGAGCAACGACACCCUGGUGUGGGAGGCCAUCCAUGACUGCCGGAUGCUCCUGGGCACCUGCCGCGACAACGUGGAGCGCGCGCUCGCCAGCAUCGCGUGGCGCGGCGUCGAGGGCCCCGUGCAGGACCUCCAGUCCUGGCUCAGCGCGGUCAUCACGUUCCAGGGCUCCUGCGUCGACAUGUUCCCCAAGGGGGAGAUCCGCGACGAGGUGAAGACCGCCAUGGAGAAGGCGAGGGAGAUAUCCAGCAACGCCCUCGCCAUCAUCAAGCAGGGCGCCGCGCUCGCCUCCAUGCUCGACCUCCACACCGACGUCGACAAGGGCAAGGGCGGCGGCGAUGGCGCCAGCCGCAGGCUCGAGGAGGACGUCGUCCCCGCGUGGGUGCACAGGGAGGAGCGGGAACUGAUCGCCGCUGGAAAGGGCGGGCUCACACCCAACGUGACGGUGGCCAAGGACGGCAGCGGCGACUUCGCCAGCAUCUCCGCCGCGCUGGACGCCAUGCCGAACAAGUACACCGGGAGGUACUUCAUCUACGUCAAGGAAGCGGUGGACGGCGACAGCUUCACGGCGAUGAGGCUGGGCAUCCGAAACACGGCGGGGGUGGAGAAGCAGCAGGCGCUGGCGCUGCGCGUCAAGGGCGACAAGGCCAUCUUCUUCAACUGCCGGAUCGAGGGCAACCAGGACACUCUCUUCGCGCAGGCCUACCGCCAGUUCUACCGCAGCUGCGUCAUCUCCGGCACCGUCGACUUCAUCAUGGGCGACGCCGCCGCCGUCUUCCAGCGCUGCGUCAUCCUCGUGCGGCAGCCGCGGCCGGGCCAGCCCGCCGUCGUCACCGCGCACGCGCGUCGGGACCACCAGCAGACCACCGGCUUCGUCAUCCACCGGAGCCAGAUCGUCGCCGACGAGCAGCUCGCCGCCAGUAACAACAGGUCAGGGCCGGCGGCGGCGGUCAAGACGUACCUGGGCCGGCCGUGGAAGGACUUCGCGCGGACGGUGGUGAUGGAGUCCGUCAUCGAGGGCUUCGUGCACGGCCAGGGGUACAUGCCGUGGGAGGGCAAGGAGAACCUCGGCACGGCCUUCUUCGGCGAGUUCGCCAACGCCGGCGACGGCGCGAACGUCACGGGGAGGAAGGACAUGCAGGGGUUCCACGUCAUGAGCAAGGAGAAGGCGCUGCAGUUCACGGUGGGGCACUUCUUGCACGGCGCCGAGUGGAUACCGGAGAGCGGCGCGCCGGUGAGUUUAGGGUUGGCCGGCGGCGGAGAAGAGUAAUUGUUGCGUGCGUAGACGGCGGCGGCGGCGGUGUGAAUCUGUACCUGUAACGACUGA